AUGGGGGAAGCACUCACAAAAUUGGUAGAUAAACAUCCCAACCGAUGGUCUCAACACCUACCUUACGUACAACUAGCAUACAACACAGCAGUUCACACAAGUACGGGAGUUUCGCCGUACGAACUAGUUUUCAAGGAGCACCCGCGAUCAAAAUUCGAAAUUAUAACAGAGAAGAUAUCACCAGCAACGGUUAGAGAGAAAACGGAACGACUGCGCGAGACUGUUAGUGAGGUAUUCCAAAAAGCACAAGAGUUCGAUGCCAAGUUAGCGGAAAAAGUCCCAUGAAAUGAGAAGACUCGUAUGUUUUCUAUUUCUUAAACAGGGAACUUAAGCAUUAAGUUAAACCUAUUCCAAAUACAUUUUCAAACUAUUCAAAUGAUGAAAGUUAUUGUUGUUUUUUAAGCGUUUAUUAGCGAGUGGGAAACUUCAACAUGGCCGCCAUCUAUUCAAAUGGGGGUAACCGCUGGAAUAUUCUUGGCUUCAAUUUUACUAAAAGAGAUGCGCUAUCUAGUGUAUACUGUAUACAGCUAUUUCAAUUAAGGUUGUCCCCCGAGCAAAGCGGGAAAGUCGAAUACGAGCGCGAAAGGCUGCUGGAAAUCGCUCAGGGACGCCGGAACGAUGUGAAGGCAAGAGGGGGGGAGAUUUUCGUGAAAGGGCACUUUUGCAUUGAUAUAUACUAAGAGAUGUUUGCAAAACAUCGGGAGUUGAACUUCGCCUAAUCAUGUUUUCUAUUUAUUGGAUGAUAGGGGUGUGAGGGGGUUCUCCGCCAGGCGAUUGCGCUACUCUUGAAGCUCGAUGACUGCAUUUCUUGCGUUUUCUGAAGCAAAUUCGUAAAAGAAUUGCAGUAACAUUUCUGACAAUUCGCUAUUUCGCCAAGGCAAUCCUUUAAAUUGAAAGGGCACCUUUGCCCCCCUUGCCCCUCCUGGUAAAGGGCAACGGGGGCGGCUGCCCCUCCUGCCCACCAGUUCCGGCGUCCCUGGAAUCGCUAAUAAAUCCAUUCAUUUAUUAGCGAAUCCCAGCAGCCUUUCGCGCUCGUAUUCGACUUUUCCGCUUUGCUCGGGGGACAACCUUAAUUGAAAUAGCUGUAUAAGAUAUCUAUGGCAUAACCUCAUUUAUUUAUAGGAAAUUAGCGAAAAUCAUCCUCGUACUCCAGAGUCCAGUCCAAAGUACAAUCCAGUCCAGUGUUUACAAUAUGCCCGUUCCCAGGGUUUCACGGCUGCUUCUGCCAAAUGCAAUAUUAAUGACAAAUUAUUUUUAGAAAACUGUAAUAACUCUGCCCCACGUACCCACCCUAACGACAAAUUACGCUACAUCCCAAAAUCUGGAAUGCCGCGUUACAAGCAAGUCUCGCCGCAAUCUCGUGACCCCGUGGUAGGUGUUUGGGGGGCGUGGCGGAGGUGAGGUCUUGCGAAACAGGUUUGCGCGUGUAACUCCGUAGUCCGUACGUGUGAACUUUUAAAUUAUAAGCAAUAUUAAGGCCUGAUUCCACGACGGCGAAAUUCUUCGCACGAAAUCGUGUGUGCGAAAUGCCGAAAUAUGAUGGAUGGCUGCACAUGAGUGAUUCUAUUGAAUUUGCACUCUUUUUUCGCUUUCGCAGUGAGUAGAACGGACUUCUACUCACUGGCGAAGCGAAAUUUUUUCUCGCGAAGCCUAAAGCCCUGAUUCCACGAGCGCUUUUUGUCAGCGAAAUAUUUCGCCUGUUUCUUUUGAAUUGCGACCACUCGAAUAAAUUAUUUCUACUUGAUUGCUCACAAUUCAAAAGAAACAGGCGAAAUAUUUCGCAUUUCGCUGACAAAAAGCGCUCGUGGAAUCAGGCCUUAAUUUAUCUUUACUGCGCAUGCACGAUUUCAUUUCGUGCGAAAUAUUUCGCAUUUCGCCGAGAACAAGCUCCCGUGGAAUCAGGCCUUAAGGCACUUUCGUUCCCCGUGACUGCUUAUGAAACUCAACCAGGGUUCUUAAUAUCGUAAACAAUGGCCACAAUCUGCCGAUGUUCAACCAGAAAUUGCGCUUUUAUGAUCGAGACAUUUUAGUUUACGACGCUGUAAAAGCAAUAUUCUUUACUAUGAUUCAAGCUGUGAAGGUACAGUCUACAACAGAACUUGAAUUGACACAAAAUACACGUUUGUUCGGCAAUUUGCUUGCUUGGCUAUUUAUAGACCACAAGUCCACAACAAUAAAUAUACUCGGAAUGUAGUACGUUUUGUGCUAUCGGCAGUCUACAGUAUAGGCCUAUAUUUUACACCUCGAUUUGCAGUUCUAAAAUAUGCCUGAGUAUUUACUGUUCUCUUUAGAACUGCACACUAAAUCAAAAUGUUAUUUUUAAGAGAUCUUCAGUCUUCACCUGUCAAAUAUUGGCUGAUUGUUUAAGACUGAAAACCGGUUACGAGUAUGUAUGUGUUGACAGCCAUGCCCCAUGGCCCAUGUCCAUGAUGUGAAAGUCUGUUGCGGCCUAGCUUCGACUAAACGAGUUUGAUAUUAUUAUUACAUCAUUUUUAACAAUUAUAUCAGGAACAAUUCUUAUUUACCAAUAUUUUUGGAUUGUGUUCUGUUUGUAAGACAUUAAAAAGCCCGUUGAAAAUUUCAUUAACUGGGUGGGCUAUAUACGGGGGAGGGAGGGCUAUAUACGGGGGAGGGAGGGAUAUAUACGGGGGAGGGAGGCUUUAUACGGACGACAUUUUGAGUUAGUAUUAAUAUUUAUUGUACCUGUAAACUACAUCGUGAACGAAAAGAAAUACAAACAUACAGUAUACACUAGUUAACACAUGAUAAAAUAAGUUGGUUAACAUCAUAAUACUGCAUGUAAUAUAAUUAUCGUCACUCGUCUGACCUGUUGUCUAAUGAUAAGCGUAUAAGCCCAUGGGCUUAUACACGGAGUCGGAGGGGCUUAUACACGGAGGAGCUCUUAUGCCCAGUUAUGGCCUGAGCGUUAUAUAUGGUUGGCUUAUAUUCGGGUGGGCUAGUAACUCCAGACGAAGGGCCUUCGCUCGAAACGUCGAAAUUCUCCUCAUAUUUUUUAUUUUCAGUGAGUUGCAUCUCUACCGCGGUAUAUGUGAUUUCACUGACUAUAUUGGCUGCUGCUUAAAGUGUUAAUGAAGGGUUGUUUAUAACAAAGAUAAGUAGUUUUAAGAGGUACAAAGCAAAGUUUUAUAGCAACUGCUCAGUAUGUCAAAUGUCAAUGCUUUGGCUCGCACACACAAAAAAAUGUAUAACUAUGAGUAAUUCUGUUUUCAAGUAUCAUCAACAAUGGAAUUCUUGCUCUAAGACAAAGGCGACUACAGUUGUAUAUUCCCUUGAGCAUUCUAGUACGCCGUAGUUGUUCAAACUGCUACGGCUACGUUAUUCAAUACAUCAUUUUCACGGCUCAUAGUCAUAGCCACGCCAACAGUUAUUAAAAUGUUUGAAGUCGUAUCAAGCCUGCGGAUGGGGUGUAAGGGUGUUUUAUGUUGAAUUCGCCGACUAUCGCGGCUACUACAGUCUACUAGUCUAGGGUUGUUUGUAAAGAAAGGUAAGUACUUUAAUAUAGGCAAGUAGGGGACUAAAAUAAAAGCCUGUAGAGGUUUCUGGUAGUCUCCUAGCCCUGUAAUGUAAUUAUAAUCGAAAAUUAAUGUAAUUAGCUAUUUUGGGCAAAUUUAAUAAAAUUACAAAAAAAAAGUAAAGUUUAGUAUAAAUGUACUUUUGUUGUCUGCAAAAGCCGUUGUCAGUUGCCAAACUCCGGCUGAACUUACUCAGUGACAGUGUUACUAUAGGUCACGCGUAUUUCGCAGUCAGAUUUGUGCUCUGCGAAGAGCAUUCGAUCAGAUAAGGCAGCAGACAUCGGCAGGUUGCCUCCAGGCAUAGUUAAUAGAGGACUCAGUCUUCUCUAUUAACUAUGCUCCAGGUAACCGGUUUCCUCUAGUUAUAAAACUGGUUAAACACGAGAUCAUAAUUAGGGAUGACCUUGACUGGUCACAAGACACAAGCUAGCUAGACUAGGUGUCAAUAUAGGAGAACAGUUAAGAAAUAGUCUGUGUUUAGGGCUGUUUGAAUGUAGACAACGUUUGUGUCCAUACAAUCACAAACCAAUUCUUCGAUCCGAGUUGACGUCAUCAAUUUUUCAUCUGAUUCCCUACAGUGAAAAAUUCCAUAAAAAUUCCAGCGGAAAUUCCAACAAAUUUAUAGUUAAAACAAAAUUUCCCGAACGGCUUAUAAACUCGCGCCCUAGACUAUAAUUUUUGGGGAUGAAGAUGUCAAUUCUGGGGUCCAUUUCUGCCAAAUAUGAAGAUGAAAAAUCGAUAACACGAACUCGGAUUGGCAAGUUUCCUGGACGGGUUUUCCUUGACUACAGCAAAAAAAUGAGAAUUUUCCUUGUCAAAGGAGCCUUGUUCCAAGGCUAGUCGUGCCAGCUUUUGGACAAGGAAAAUUUGUUCGUGUGUGCGUCCGCCAAGGAAAACUUGACAAGUGUCCAAGAUUAGAAAUACCUCUGUGAGAUAAAAUGUUUGAAAUAACAACAUUCCGUGCGAGCGAUAAAACUUGUCAAGGGAAACCGGUAAACUUGUUGAGUGGCGAGCUAUAGCCAUGGCAACGAGUGAUGUCUGAUGCCAUGCAAGGUUUGAAUAAUUAAGAUCGGGGGUAUUUAAUUCGAGUACACUGUAUAUAUUUACUUCAAUGUUAUGACUAGUUUUGAGUAUUAGGUAUCUUAGAGCCUUCUGGCAGUUUUAGGUAUUUUGUAACAUUUAAUUCGACCGUACGUAUUAAUUAAUACUUUAAUACUCGCUUUAAUAUAGGUAUUUUGUCCAUAUUUAUCAGGUAUUUAGAAUACCAAGAUUUAUUCCGCGAUGUUUAUUCCGCGAUUCGACUAGAUUUUAGUCAUCAUCAGGAAUGAAUGAAAUCACCACAUAUCAUACGUGUGUACACACUAAAAUUCGUUGUACAGUAUUCUAUAUGUUAAGUUGUAUGUAAUCUGUGAUAUGUUCGUGCAUAAUUGUCCUAGUACGUUUCGUUAUCCAUUAAUUGUUAAGGGGUCGAAUAUCAAUUGGAAUUUAGUUUCUGUUUUCUUCUCCUGUCGCAGCAUUGUUAUGGUUAUCUCUACGUAAAUGUAUAUCUUUAAUGUGUGUGACAAAAUGAAUAAAUAAAUAAAAAUAAAUAAAAAAAAAACUAAGUGAAGAAGUGUGAGAUAUACUAUAUAAGUUCAUAAGACACUAAUUGGAGCAGUUUCAAAUCAAACCUCCAACAAUCAUGGAUUAACAUAAAUAUAAAAAUACAUGAAAAUAAAUAAUCUUCAGUGGUCUGUUCCAGUGUAGGCUGUAUGUAACUAGCUGAAAAAUACAAAGCAAAAUUCGACAUGAAGAGGGGCAUUUGAAUUGGUUUCGUUCUAGAGAGAGACCUAAUCAAUCGUCGCUUCUUGUGUACCACUUAAGACAAAUUUAGCCGGCAAUAGGCGCUUCAGCUUAUAAAAAACUAAUAAUAUUUAACUAAUGACGUUAUAUAAUAGCCAUUUAUAUCUUCAGUUAUAUAUAUCCUGGUGAUGCCUAAAAUCUAGUCGACCGUUUUUGGAUGUUGUUUAGUGUUUGUUCCUGUAUACAGACAUAUAGGAAGAAAUUAUUUCGCUGAUCUCGGAAUGACAUUUCGUCAAAACGUUUCUCUUCAAGAUUGGUUUAGAAACAAACUUGGAGUAGGUUUAGGUUAGGGUUAGGGUUAGGAUAGUAUAGGGUUCGAGUUGGUAUUUGGAAUAGGGUUAAAAUCGUAAAACCGUUGCUUACGUUUUGUCACUCUGAGGCCAGCGAUGUUGGUAACCCAUGCGUGCCGAGACUGUAAACAUGGCUGUAUCUAAUUUCACAUAUUGUUGUAAACAGUAUAUUCAUUGCAAAGUUUACACAUAUCUGUCAACAUUUCGAUAGUUUGUGUGUAUUAAAUUUAACGUAAAAUUACUCCUGCUAGUGUGCUAUAGCCGUUUAAUGGCCUUUAAUUCUAACCUUAACCAGUACGAGCCAAUUCGACUUUAUAGCCACAGCUGGUAAUCAAACCCGCGACCUUCGAAUUUCUAGAACAUAGACCGUCUGAGGCUCUGAGUUACAAGGCUAACUAGGGCCGUCUGUGAGCUACAAGAAAUUUGAUACACUUGUAUUAUGAUUGAUAUGUUUAACAUAAAAAAUUGGUAGUUUAGACUUUACUCUUUAGUGACAUUUUAAACCCUUCUAUAAACGAAACAGUAGCCACGAUUUUUGGCAUUAUUGAGGCGUAAUAAAUUAAUUAUAGAGCACUAUAUAGCCACGCAGCAUAUGAAAACAAUUUGCAUAUCAAAUCAUCCCAGUAAUUUUCCUUUGACUAGUUUUUCCAGUUCCAUGACAGGUUUCAAAUGGCGACGCAAUGAAACUCGCUGAUACCGGUCGCGGGUAGCCACAACACUUAGCCUCGUAUACUCUCGCGUCGGGAAAUAUUAUUCAAGAAUCAAGGUGAGUUAUUAUCAAAGUCGAAAUGUAGGACAAAUUGUAGAGUAAAUCUUUAUUUGAACACGGUGAUUUCAUCAGAAUAUUUCAAUAAUCAACAGUCUACAUUCACACAAUUAUAAUAAUAGAAAUACUAUAUGUGAAUCUACUUUGCAUAUAUUAUCGAAUCUAAACCUGUUUUCCAUGUAUGCCGUGUCGGCUAUCGUGCCUAUGAAUUUCAUCUUCAGACUUCAAAAUUGGCAAAAAUGGACUACAGAAUUGAAAUCUUCAUGCUCAGAUAAGUCUAUACCGAAAUCUUCAUGCUCAGAUAAGUCUAUACCGCAAAUUUCAUGAGAUUUUGACAUUCAGGGCGCGAGUUACGGCGUUCAGAAAAUUUAGUUUUUACUACUAUAUUUGUUUGUAGAAUUUCCGCUGCGUGGAAAUUUUUUUCCCAAUAUUAUUAAAGAUCUGUCAGAAUCGUCAUUCGUCACAGGAGCGCGUAGCAGCCCGCAUCGAGCCUUUGCCCACGCCAGCCAUAACCCUCCUGGCGCGGGCAAAUUAGGCUGGAUGCAGGCGACAUCUUCCGGCAGCUGAGUGACAGAGCAUUCCAAUAAUAAUGAGAUUAUUUGGACCAUAUUAAUUAAAGAUACAAAAGAUAGUUCAAUCGUAUGCUAUUAUCUAGAAAUUAAAGAAAGAACAUCUAAAUUUUCGAUAAUAUCUCUAUCUACAGUACAAUAUUUCGUAAGAAUAUAUAGAAUACUAAUUAAAUGCGACCAAACCGGUUUAUAUUUUUUCAUAUGAAGUAUUUCUCGAUACCUACUACAGGCUAGUACAACGGCGUAAGUCCUGCAAAAGAUGUUGAAAUGAAGUCUGAAUGCUUUUCUGGAAUGAAGUCUGAAUGCUUUUCUGGUUUAUUUACAGUCGAUUUCACAAAACUUUUGCCAAAACGUCUGAAGUUCAAGUUCAUAUUGAAAAGCCAGUUUGUAAACAAAGCUGAUUGGUCCAUAUACCGUGAAUCAAUGAAGCCAAUCGAAUGGGGUAGGGAUAAAACGCGGAUGGCGGAUGCAGAUGGAGAGGGUAAAUGCGAUAUAAUGCGGAUGAUAGUAUAAAAUGCGGAUGCGGGGAUAAAAUGCGGAUGCGGGGAUAAAAUGCGGAUGAGAGGAUAAAAUGCGGAUAUAAAAGAGAUAACACGCCAAUGGGAAAAUGCGCUUUUUAUUUCAUUUCUUACGUUUUAGUGUUAAUUUCUUAUGAUAAAUAAAAAUUGUUUCACUCCCGAAAAAUUGAAGCUGAAAAAUGGUGUUCAUGAAAAAGCAGUGGGAAAAUUUUAUUUAAACAUAUUUUAUUACAGACAUUUUCUCCAAGAGCAUAGCUCAUCUAGGGAGAUUAUGUCGGAUUAUUUACAAACUUUAGGUUACUCACAUCAAGACAAAGAGGAUUACACAAAAAAAGAUUACAUCAAAACAAAUCGAAUAAUCAUAGUGUGGAAGAACUUUUGGUAUUCAUUCUCAAGCUUUCCAUGAAACAUAUUAUUAUAAGAAAUUUAUAUGGAAGAAUUUACCACACCAAUGUUUUUACAGACCAAUGUUUUACAAAACAAGUUUCAAUAAAAAAAAAAAAAAGUUACUCGGCCUGAAACCGUUUUGUAUUUAAAAUAAAUAAUUGGACAUUUUGCAUUAAUUUUACAUUAUCUUCAUGUCCAAGAUUUUCCGACCCAUGCAAAAGUAUUUCAAUUUUCCGAUUCUCUGAUAAAUUCAUCCACAUAGGAUGGAGCAGCCGCGCAGGAAGUGAGAGCAAUUGUUCACGUUGGGCAGCAAAUCGAGAACAAUAUAAAAAGUAAUGUUUGACAGUUUCCAUUUCACCCCAUCGACAUACACAAAAGGGGGAAUUUGCACAAUUAAUUCUAUAUAGGUGAAAAUUAAGCGCACAGUGACCAAGCCUGAGCCUGGUAUGGAGUAUUGAGCUAUAUCUACUUAGUGAUGCAUUGUAUUUUACGUUAUAUUUUUGUCCACAAUAUAUAUUACAUAAGGUAACUUUAAAGGAAGACAGCGUCUCUAUAUUUCGUAAAUCUGGAUCAAGAUCAUUCCAGGUAGUUAUUGCCGAUGGAAAGAAAGAUUUUUUAAAUUGUUCAGUUCUCACAGGUAUAUUAGUUAAAUUAUCGUUAGAUCUUAGAAAGUAACUGGAUCUUUGGUUUACAUAUGGAGGCAAAAGAUCACAAAGGUAGGAUGGUGCAGUGAGGGUAACAAUUUUAUAAAAAAAGGAUAGCUUAUGAAUAUGUCUCCUGGUUUUCAAAUCCUCCCAACAUAGUUCUUCCAAUAGACGAUUUCUAUUUGUUCCCCUUAUUGCACCAGUAACAAUGCGAGCUGAUUCGUACUGAACUGCUUCUAAAAGAUUUGCUUCCUCUAUACUACAUCUAUCCCAUAUUACAUCUGCAUAUUCCAUUAAGGGUCUAAUCGGACUUUUAUAUAAGCAUAUCAGUGUUGACCUUUUAAGCUUAUAUUUAACCCUUUUUAAUGCGUUCAUUCUUUUACUAGCUUUUUGAUGUAUGCUUAGAAUAUGUUUUGACCAAGAGAAAUUUGUCGUAAAUGUUAAACCUAAAUGUGAAUGAGAAUCAACUUCGCGUAAUGCAGUGCCAUUUAAGUAUAAGAUUGGCUGAGGAAGUCGGUUAUGUUUCGUUGAAAAUGUAAUGCUUUCGCACUUGGUAGGAUUCAAUCCCAUCAACCAUUCCAUACACCAUUGGUUAAUGCUAUUGAGAUCCUCGUUUAGUCUAGAAUCAAAGGAUGAUAAAUUAUCAACAAUUUCAAGUAAAGGUGUGUCAUCAGCGUAGAGAAAACAGUCAGAUACAAUAUUGUUGGAAAUAUCAUUUAUGUAUAUUAGAAAAAGCAAUGGCCCGGGCACUGAACCUUGUGGAACACCAGCUUCAACACUCAGCCAGCUCGAGCAUUGCCCCUCAAUGACAACUCUUUGUUUUCUAUCAGACAAAUAACUACAAAACCAGCUUAAAAGUGGGUCUUUUACUCCAAGAGAUUUUAAUUUGUACAAUAAACCCUUAUGCCAUACUUUAUCAAACGCUUUGCUAAAAUCUAAAAACACCAUACGGACUUCUUUACCCAUUUCUAGAGCUUCAUAGAUCUUAUGAACUAUAUACGUAAGUUGGUUCACAGUGCUGUCUCCUGGUCUAAAGCCGGACUGAAAAUCAUUAAGGAAUCUAAUUUCUAAUAAAAAUUCAUAUAGUCUAGUGAAUACAAUUUUUUCUGGUAUUUUGGAUAUAGACGGUAAAAGUGCAUGAUAUGGGACGAUAGUUCUUUUUAUAUUGAUGAUCAUCUUUUUUAUAGACAGGAGUUACAUUUGCUUUUUUCCAUUCAGUUGGAUACUCUCCUAUUCGGAGACUUGUGUUAAUUAAACAUGUAAAUGUUUUGGCAAUUCCACGGCUACAUAAUUUAAUAAUUCUAUUGCCAAUACCAUCAUGACCGCUAGCUUUUGUAAUAUCAACUUUAUAGAGGAGAUUAAUCACUUCUUCUUCUGUUGUUUGAACUAUAGACAACGUUUUAUCUGUGUGAUUAGGAUAAUAAUCUAGGACUGGUAGUUCAUGAUAUGUGUCAUCAACGUUCGCUUCACUUACAAAAUAUUCAUUAAAUAAAUCCGCUUUUUUUUGCGCAUCGCAAACAAUCUGAGAUCUCUCCCGUAUAACUGGAAUUGAUACACGGCAAUUAUUAUUAAAAACUGACUUAACAUAACUCCACCAUUUUUUUUGGCCCAAACGAAAAUCUGAUAAUUGGAUAUUUAGUUUGUCAUAAUAUUUUAUUUUUGUUUCUCGAAUCAGAGUUGUCGUGUAAUUCCUUUGAUCUUUAUAUUUCUUCCACAAUAAACGAGUUUUUAUCUUAGAAAUUUGCUUUAAAAUUCUAUUUCUUUUACGAAUUGCACUUCUUACAGCGGAUGUCAUCCAUGGUUUAUCGUUAGGACGUAUUACAACUAUUCUAUUUGGAAUAUGCUUUUUAACUGUUGAGUAAAAAUAGUCAAACCAGUUUUUAUAAACAUCGUCAAUCCGGUUAUUUUCUCUUUCACAAUUUUCCCAAUUAAGAUUUGAAAGUUCCUCAUUAAGCUGUGCUAUAUUGAUAUUGGAGAAAUCCCAAAUGUGUCGUUUAAAGGACUUUUGCUUAUAGUACGGAAUUUUCAUUUUUGUGUAGAUGUAGGAGUGAUCACAAUUCGAUGGUGGACUACAUGUACCCGAAUCAGAAAAAUAUCGUGGACAAUUAGUAAUAACAACAUCUAAUAUUGUAGAUGUAGUUUCUGUUACACGGGUCGGUUCUCUGAUUAUUUGAUACAAUGCAUUGCACUGGAGCCAAUGGUUAAAGUGAUUACCAAAACCAGUGCUUGAUAAAUUAUUACAAUCGUAGUGAGCGUUUAAGUCACCGAUUAUCAUUAUAAACGUGUGUGGGUUUUGACGUAUUUUAUCUGUAAUACUUUGUAAGGAAUCCAAAAAAAUUGAUACAUCUUGCAAAGAGUUAUUUGGCGCUCUAUAACAAACUCCGCAUAGUAAGGUUUGUUUAUGUACUUUUACUUCAACCCAAAGUAAUUCUAGAUUGUUAUUUUCUAAAUCGUUACGUCUCUUAAAUGCUAAUGACUGUGUAAUGUAUAAUGCAACACCACCACCCCGUGUAUUUAGUCUAUCUUUCCUUACAAUAGCAUGAAAACCGGGUAUGCACAGAUCAUCAUUCGAAAUUUGGCUGUUUAGCCAUGUUUCAGUGAUCGCAAACAAUUCAAAAUUUUUUUGCAAGAUAAAAGAAGAAAUUUCCUCAAAUUUCUCUUGUUAUACUUUUUUAAAUGUUGUUUAAAAUUAAUUUUUAAGCCUCCAACAACUUAUUUUGAAUAGUUAAAAUAAGGAUAAAGUAAGCUCAUUUGGCUGUCAUUUUUAAAUCGCUCUCGAUGGCUACUGAAGACAAAUAUUAGGACUUCAGAAAACAUCGAUUUAUUGACGUCAGUUUAUAGUGAAUAAUUUACCUUCAAUUAUAUAGGAUACCUAGCACCUGCUGGCGUCGAGCAAAUUAGUGAGAAAGCUAAGACGAACUUGUCUAAAUAUGUCUUUUGAUAGCGAUUUUGUUGCUGUGUAAAAAUUUUAUCGAUAUACUCAAUAUCUAUAAUGCACGCGAGGCAUACUAAAGUUGGACUAGAUUACCAUUUUUUGAUACACCCUAUAUAUGUUGUUGUCGUAAAAAGCGAAUCCAAUAUCAAGUGUAAACUGGGGACUGAAUGCAGUGAGUUCAGUUCUAGUAAAUUGAAUUUCGAACGAAAAUUUAUACAUAAUUUUAGGCCAAUAUAACGGCUUAUCAAUGUUUUUACUUUAUUCUAUAGAUGCGUGCUUUUCACGUGAUCAAAUCUCUUCAAGCAGGCCUUCGAGGACUGCGUCCUUCCUUGUAUCCGGUCACCCAGAGGUGUUUAAGCAACGGGAAACCUUUGCCGUCUGAACCUGAUUCUGAACAACCUCGAACAAUGAAAAUUGAAAAUGGAGAAAAGGUAAUCCUUAGUGAAUGAAUGAAUGAAUGAAUGAAUGAACAACUUUAUUUAAAGAGGGUAGAAACACAUGACAGCAAUAUAGCUCAAAAACCUGUGGCCCUCAUAUACAAUACAUACAAAGUUAUUAAUUCUACUUUAAAACGUCUAAAAGCUACUUAGAGUAAAUAUGUAAAAGGUCACUUAGGAUUAUAAAUUUAUAUAUACAAAUUAUAUACAGUACAACUUGAUGGUACGUCACAAUAAUAAUUCGAAGCGAUCGAUGCCCUUAUAAGAUUCUAAGAAGUAUUUUUUAAGGGCAAACUUAAAGGAAUUAAAGCUAGGUUUCGUCUUAAUAUCCUUCGGGAGAUUGUUCCAUAUUUUAAUGCUGCUGACCGUUACAGAUUUUCCUCCCUCAGUUGCAUAAUUAUAUUUAGGACACACUAAAUUAUAUUCGCCAUGACGAGUUUGUCUACCAUUAAUUUCAUUGUUUGUUUUAAAUAAGUCCUUAAUAUAUUGUGGAGCUUGAUCAUGCAGGCUCUUGUAAACUAAAGUGCAUUUGUUAAUUUUAACUUCGUCAUAAAAAGGUAUCCAGUUCAGUUUAUUAAAAUUGGCUAUUGACCUGGAGGAAGUGUCAGUUCCUAAAAUUACCCGAGCUGCUCUUUUUUGUAAUUUAAAAAUUCUAAGCAGAUCAUUUCGCGAGCAGCAACUCCAAAUAGAACUACCAUACAUCAUAACUGGCUUGACGACAGCGUUGUAAAAUAAGCUUUCUCUCAAGUAGUGGUAAGUAUCUUCGUAUCUUUACGUGAAUACGUGAUAUACAGUAAAAACCGGCAUAAAGCCCCGUUUACACUACGCUCAAUUUUUGGUACGGCACGGUAUGGUACGGUACGAAAAAACGAGCGCAGUGUAAAGUAACGGUUCUUGAAAGAACCAUUAUUUCCGCAAAUUGUUUCCCCAGUCCGGCAGCAAAACAUGAAUUGGAUAUGAAGCAACGAAAAUAGAAUAUUUGUGUGAAAAUUCAACCUAAAAAUCGAGAGAAAGAAUAAGGAAAACUGAGGAGGAUCGAUAUGUGCAUUGUAAACAGUGCGAAAGAACGAACUAUAUUUAGUAUGUCCCGAAAAUGUUUUUUAAUGUCCGGGGAAAAUUUUUACCCUCCCCCCCGGUGCCAAGAGUUUAGGGGAAGUUUAAUGAUAUUGAAACAUCAGUUUUGUUAUACGUAGGGGAAAUGAUUCGCCAAAUUUUUACUUACAACCCCCCCCCCUCCCCCAAUAAAUUAAAUUCAGCCAAGUCCCUGUAUUUUUGUCGGGCGGAGGCGGUCCUUGUAUAAUAGGUAUUUAUUGACUGGAAAUCAUGAUUUAAAAUAAUUUGAUAAAAAAAUGUGUCCUCGUUGAGUACCAAAAAAAAAUGGUUACGUCCAUACUCCAUAGCAUUGCAUUGUUCUUCUUCGCAUUUCUCACUACUCGCCCUGAGUCUUUGUUCUACCGGCAUAAUUACGUUCUCGUUUUCUGGACAAAAAUUACGUGGCAAUCACGGCUCACGGCUGGGCAUUUAAUGCACGUUUUACGGCACAAAAAUCCGUCAUUUCACAAAGACAAAUAUGGUAAUUCACGGCUCAUGAAAAUGCCUAGACUUCAGUGAGACUUGCCACAAGUCCGUCUCAUAAUUUUUCCCUAGCUUUAUAGACCUUACCGAUUAUUCUCUUUUUUACUCAAUGGCCUCGUUUUUAUGUAGUUGUUUUUUGCUGUUCUUAGGUUCAAUAACAAAGUAAUUUUCAACCCUACUAAGCAGGAAACAUGAGUAAGUGUUUGACAUGAAAACGAGGCCAUUGGUUAAAAGAGAAUAAUUGGUAAGGAAUAAAAUGAGAGGAAUCACGCGAAAUAGAAAUUACGUCUUUGAAAAGGACUUUGCGAAAGUCUCGAAAACACCCUUUGUGUCACCUGGGCUCACGAAAAUACCCCUUUUCACUCUUUUAGGUUCAACCCACAUUUUCACCACAAGAGAUGUCCCGUCGUCAUGACAUGAUACGUCAGCACAUGGAAAGAUCUGGUCUAGACGCAUGCGUGUUUACGUCAUAUCACAAUGUUUACUAUUUUAGCGAUUUUCUGUACUAUAAAUUUGGUAGAAACUACGCGUACAUCGUGACGCCGGAGAAAGCCACCAGCGUUUCGGCAUGUAAGUCAUAUUAGAUAGAAUACGAACUUUAUUUACCUACCGACGGUAUUGUUUCACUAAAGGUUAAAGAUAUUUACAGUGAUGAUCUUCCAAAUAUGCCAUGUUAACAAGGAGGGAGGGGUUCAGUGCCCCCCCUCCCCCGCCUCAAUAAUUUUCAUGGUUUGUGAAAUAGGUACACUAGAACUAUAAUAAAUAAAUACUGAUACAUAGUUACAUAUUCAACUGGCUGUACUAUCACAUGCCCGUAACUAGGCUAGUAGCUAUGUCUAUGAGUCAACCGAGUCAGUUGACUCGGUAAGACUUUUGUGAAAAAUUCAAAACAGGAAGGUGUCAAGUUUAGAGAAAACAGGUCCUGAAUAAAAUUUAUUCAAUUUCUGAUGAAGGGUAGAAGUACGAAUUAGCGUCCCAAAUAUUACCACAAACACGUUUUUUAUUAUGCACCUGAUCAUGUCAGACCAAGAGUACUUGAAUUCUUAUAGUUGGAUACUUGUAGUACAAUUGUGAGACACACUAUGAAAUUAUGGUCAUUGUGUCACUGUUUGUGAGAUUGAUUUUUUCUCAUAAAACUGCUCCCAGAAUGCAGGAAGACUAUGAAAUUAUAGUAAUUGUGUUUAUCAUUACUGAUUUUUUGUUAAAAUUGCUCCCAGAAUGCAGGAAGUAGCGUUUCUAAGCCUUGGAAAUUCAAGCAUUUUCAGGGGGAGCAUGCCCCGACGACUCGACUCGGUAAAUCUAAAAUCCUAGUUACGGGCCUGCUAUCAUUGCAUUUCUCUUUUAACUUCUACGUUUGUCAGUCAAUGCUGUUAUAAUUUACCUGAAAAUGAGAAAGAACCACCAGGAAAUUUACGUGAAAUUACUCAUGAACAAAUAUCGCGGAUGUUACACCCCCCCCCCAGUUGCUACUUCCUGAUCAACAUUAUAGUUACACUUAAAUUGCAAAUACAUAUCGUGAUAUCGUCAUUUUAUUCGAAUAGGUAUUGAUUAUGGUCAGCCAUGGCGGCGAACAUUUGGAGAGAACAUCGUCUACACAGACUGGCACAAAGAUAACUUUUUCCAUGCAGUGAAGCAAGAGGCACACAUUGUUAUGUAACUUUACCUCAGUGUCUGUGAAUAGUGCAAAGAUAUUCACCUCAACGCCCUCGCACUAUCCACCUCUACUUGAUUAAUUAUUGAGUAUCCUGCUUGUGAGAGCCAAUCAAAUUGUAAAAUAGCUUAUGGCCGGGCAUUAAUAAUAGGAGGGCGGGCGGUGGGUGAGAAAAGGGGGGCGGAAUUUUUGCCUGAAUCGGGGGCGGCCUCAAACUGAAAAAUAUGUGACAUGGGGCAACCCCAAUUUUUUAAUACUUUCCUAUUCAUUUUCAAUCUCUCGCCUUUAUCGUAUCCCACAAAAUGUUCCACCUUUUUUAGUUCCUAUAAUCGUUGUUUCCAUAUUUAUUACGUAUAUGCAGUUCACCAUAGUAGUCAGAGUAAAUAACAACAUUUUGAAUACUGGUCCACUAAUUAUUUAGGCUACACAAUGUUUUACACCAGUACUUGUCCCAUUACCUCUUUUACACCAAAAAAUGUAACGAAUUAAAUGUUGGAGGGUCCUAAAUUUUCUAGAUGAAGGUGGGGCGUCUUGAAAAUAAAGGUCUUGAGAUUGGGGCAGCUCUAAAAAAUGUUCAAUAUUCGGUAUUUAUCACCCACCGCCCCCCCCCCCCGAUUAUUAAUGACCAGUCCCUUAAUUACCCGGUAGUUGUGUACAUAAUAACAGCGGUUAAUUAUUUUUUGUUUUAAUAGCUUGGUAAUGCCAAACGCAUCGGGCUCGAAUUUGACGUCAUGCCCCUUGACGAGUACGCAAAAUUUUCCGACGCCUUUCCAAACGCACAUUUUAAAGACGUUGGCGAAUCUACAAUGCACAUGCGCAUGUUCAAAUCUAACGAAGAAAUCGAACUAAUAAAACAAGGUGCAAGGAUUGCUGACCUAGGGGGUGAAGCGGUGCGGAAGGUGAUAAAAGAGGGUGUUGGGGAGCACGAGGUGGCUUUGGCAGGGACAGAUGCAAUGGUCAGGGAGAUAGCAAGAACAUACCCACAUCAAGAGCUUAGAGACAGUAAGUGUUGUUUGUUUGUUUGUUUGUUUGUUUGUUUGUUUGUUUGUUUGUUUGUUUGUUUGUUUGUUUGUUUGUUUGUUUGUUUGUUUGUUUGUUUGUUUGUUUGUUUGUUUGUUUGUUUGUUUGUCUUGUCUGUCUGUCUGUUUGUCUGUCUGUCUGUCUGUCUGUUUGUUUGUUUGUUUGUUUGUUUGUUUGUUUGUUUGUUUGUUUGUUUGUUUGUUGAUUUUUGAGUCGAAGUUGAUGUCUGUUUAUCCAUUUGUUUUUUUUUGUCUGAAUAAAUGUUACGGUGAGAUGCAAGACACAAUCAAGUCAACAACUUAGGCUACGUUUACACUGUACCUGAUAGCUUUCCGUAGCGGUGCGAAAAAGUACCUAUCCCAUACAGAGUGUCAGGGCUGCCGAGCGGUUGGCGGGGGCCCGGGGCAAUUUUUUUUAGGGGCCCCUAUCUAAAAAAUUUUUCCGGAAAAUUUUUUUCCGGAGAACAAUUUUUCCGGACGAGUACGUUGCAAUUGCUUUCCAGGGACUUAAAAUUUCGGUACUUAGCCCAAAAAACCAGAUAUCUUGUCCUUUGCGCGGAAAUAUUUAACACACAAAAAAGACUGGGGCCGAACAAAAAUUUUUCAGGGGCCCCCAGCACCUCGGGGCCGGGGCAAUUUGCCCCCCCCCCCUGCCCCCCUCUCUGCGGCCCUCCAGAGUGUAGUACAACAUUCAGAAGCUGGGCAAAACAAUAUCUCUCCGUUGCAAUAAUUCCUGUAAAAAAUAGCGUUCCUAAAGGUACGCACAGUGAGCACAGCAAAGCACAGCACAGCGCAGUCUGUUGACGCUUUACGUCGUCAAAGUCAUGGGUUUGCAUUGUAGGGUUUCACGACCAAUCCGCAUCAGCUACGGUUAUUUACAUAUCGUGCUUUUAAUAAAUGAUAUUGUUAAUUCUAGCUUGGGUCUGGUUCCAAUCUGGUAUUAACACAGACGGCGCCCACAAUGCAGUGACCAGCCGUCGACUUCGAAAAGGUGACAUUCUCAGCAUGAACUGUUUUCCUAUAAUUCAAGGGUGAGUUGAAAUUAUAAGUUUUGGUUUCUGGAAACACCACAUAUACAAUAUUUACUAUUGCAAAGCGUUUUAUACUGCUUUUUUUUUUUUAAACUAUUAACCAUUUUACGUAUGUAGGCCUAUACCAGCCAAGGGGUGGGGCAGGGAGCAAUUGAGCGAAUCCAUCAGAUGACAUGAUAAAGUUUUGAUAUAUUUGAAUAUUACAGACAUUAAAGUUUGAAGAUUACGUAGUAUGCUGCUGUGAUUAGUUAGGCGAGAUUUUUUUUAUUUAUUGGUUUACGGAUUUCACUUUAAAAAUAAGAGGUCGGUAUAGGCCAGAAAAAAAAUUAAAAAAAAAACGAACUGAGUAUAAAUGAGAACCGAAAUUAAUAAUCUUUAUAAAACGUUUUAACGUCAAUUUAAAAAACCCCGCAAAAAAACGUGGCUAACCUACAUAUUGAUUGUCACAACGAUAACAUGAGCCAACAGUACCUAGAGUCAAAGUUCACUUGAAGUGUAAUGUACAUAAAUCAUGUUCAUUUACAUAAACUUUAGCCUUGAUUUUCUUGGCUUAGACAACGUUGAUUUUUACUAAGGGACCGGUCAUUAUUUAUGGCGGGGGGUGGCACCGAAGAGAAAUGUUUUCCGUGUCAAAAAUUUUGUUGACCAACCAUUAAAAAGACAAAAAUUUGAUUAUCCAACCCGAAAUAUCAAUUAAAAAAUAACUACCCACCCCUGGCCAAAAACUUAACAAAAGGAUACCAUUCAGUUGUCAUACAUGUACUUUAUCACUUCAGUGACAUGAGUUUGAUAACGGCUUGUGAAAUUUUCUGCAGUCUAAAGUUUCAUGUUGUCUGCACAUGUACUUUCUUCAUGGAAACACAAUUUGUUUUGUCGAACUAUGAUCAAGAUAGUGACUCUGAUUGAUUCACAUAUUGUAUUGACAAAUGACUGUUGACAAUGCUUUUCAGUCUCCAAUAUUCCAGUGGGUCAUGCUUUGGAAAUGACAAUAAAUUUUUAUUACCCAACCCUUGAGUUGUUUUGUUUUUCAUUUACCUAACCUUUUACUUACUCAAAAUUUUGUUUACUCAACCCUUUUCUCUUCGGUGCCACCUCCCCCCGCCAUAAAUAAUGACCGGUCCCUAAUUAAAUUACUUCGGCAAUCAACUCAUAAGAUGAGUCGUUUUUUCAGCCAUUUGAAACACUCGCAGUCCGUGCUUUAUCAAAUAUAAGACAUUUAAUAUAUCAGAUAUUAUAUCUGGUAAAGCAGUCCUGCUCGUGUUUUAAAAAGUACAUAAAAUACACCCGAAAAUCCAUUCACAAAAAAUACAUAAUGUUUGUAUUAUGUUUAUUGUAGACACUAUGUGGCACUGGAACGCACGCUCUUUCUUGACCACGUGCCCAGCGAUAAGCACAUGGAAUUGUGGGAAAUCAACUGCAAAGUUCAUCGUCGGGGUUUGGAGUUAAUAAAACCUGGAGUGAGGUGUUGCGACAUUGCUCAUGAAUUGAACGAAAUCUAUCGAGAGCACGAUCUUCUGAACUAUCGUAUUUUUGGGUAUGGUCACUCGUUUGGAGUACUCAACCAUUAUUACGGUCGCGAGGCGAGCUUGGAGCUGCGUGAGCACGUUGAGACGGUGCUACAGCCAAAUAUGGUCAUAUCGAUGGAGCCGCAUAUUACAGUGCCAGAGGGGAAGCCUGGGGCGGGCGCAUACAGAGAACAUGAUAUAUUGGUUAUCAAAGAAGAUGGAACUGUUGAGAAUAUCACGAAAUUCCCCUUCGGGCCUGAAUAUAACGUGGUGAAAAAUUGAAAACUUUGAAAUGCUAAACUUGUACAGUAAUGACCCGCACUAUUAUACAUUGUAGUUCUUUGCACGCGUUUUGAUUGGUUAAUAGCUUACAGGUAAAUGUGGGAACUCGCAACCUACACAUAACACAGUUACUAGCAGAUAACUGAGUUACGUGUAUGUUGAGCCAGCCAUAUGUAAUUUUAUUGGCAAGCAGCAAUUUUAAAUGCACGAAUAUAAAAAACAACAAGAAAAAGUUUUUAUGCAAAAAGCAUACCUUUUUUGACGUUUUUAUCAGCAGUUUAGUAGGUAAAUGAGUUUUCUAAUAUUUUCAUGCUGUUAUUGUGAUAUUUCACUGCUGCUCUUGAGAAGCAAAUGUUGCGACAAAUUAUUGUUUGUCGAAAGAGUUAAUGAAAAUGCAAUGGCCAAUGUAUAAUAAAACAGUUAUUCACGAAUUCGGUUGUUGUGAUAUCCCAAAUUAUCAAAGUCUCGGUAUAUCAAUCUCGCCUUCGGCUCGACUGAUAACACUUACCUCGACCUUGAUAAUUCUGGAUAUUACAAAAACCUCAUCCAAUAACUGUUUGUAAAUAGACCAAUGGAUUAAGAACCACUAGUACUAGCCUGAAAUUUAGGCAACUGAACACUCGAAAUACAAGAACCGCAGGGACCGCGCAGCGAUUUUUCGUUUGGGGGGCUGGUGGUGAGAUAAAGUAAUCACGGAGGAAUGUUUAAAACUGCGACAAUGCAGCAGAAGCCCAAACACUUUUAAAAGUAAUAUGUUUCACUUUUCAAAACUGAUCAUUUUGGGCCAAAUAUUUCUUCAACCUUGCAUGCAAUGCUAGACGAUAAUGCAUGCUGAGCAUGCAACUAUUAGCAUAUAUUACAGUAGUGUCCCCCCCCCCCGUUUGCACGAUCCCUGAAAUGUUCUAGCUAAUAUAAUGACUUGACAAAUAAAAGAUCUGAUAUUAAUCAUAUUAUAACAUCAAAUGACUUAGGAAACCUUUCUAGGACAAUUAAAAAGCAUUCCAAUCAGUAGAGCAAAAUACAGGCUUCUCUAUACUUAUUUAUAUAUAUGAAUAUUACUUUGCAUAGAAAUUAGUAAUUAAUUUAAUUAGUAAUUUCUAUUGUAUAUCUUUGUAUAGUAAUGUAAUUCUAUUUUUUUCCAAAUUAUAGAUAAUUGUAUUUUCGAUAUGAUUAACAAUACACUUUUGUAAAUAAUAGUCGAAAUUAAUUUAAUAUGUUUUUUUUUCUAUAUAUGUAAUAUACAAUAUCAAUGGUAAUAAACAGUAAAAACUGAUUAUGUAUUUAAUUUUUGUAAUUUCUCACUAUUCUAGGGGGCUCCUAGCGCUAUAUUGCUUUCAUGUAAUGGUAUUAAUGGUAAUAAAAUUGUAUCUUUCGUGUUGUACCAGUGCAUGAGGUAAUGUCUAAUGGCCUACAGAUCGGAAAUUUCAAAUUGAAUUAUUUGUUGUUUGAAAUAAAAUAUGUAAACAAAACACGCGUAUGACCAGAACAGACUGGACUGUCACUUUUAUUGAAUUUAAUUCUUAUAUCUGUGACUGUUCAUACGUGGAUGCAAGCGACGGUACUACAAUUUUUGGCGUGUCACAUUGAAAAAUGUUAUGCUUGACUCAGUAUAAAUAAUAAGCUUAUAAGCCAUGGACAUCUCAUAUCUAUCUGAUAAGCCCAUGGGCUUAUACACGGAGAAGCAUAUGGCCUGAGCGUUAGUGAUUAUGGUGGGCUUAUACACGGGGGAGCUUAUAUUUGGGUCGCCAGUAACUUUAAACGAAGGGCCUUUGGGCUCGAAACGUCGAAAUUCUCCUUUUUUUUCCAGGUAGUUGCAGGGACUUUUUUAACAUACAUGCUGGGGGUAGGGGCAAAUGCCUCCCCCAGUCCCCCCUUUUGCCCCCCCCCCCGAAAUCACAUUUUGCCCCACUCCCCAGGAAAGUCCCUUUUUCCUAAAUUUAUACUAACAAACCAUCGAAGAAUAACAAAUAGAUAAACGGAAAGUAAGUUUUAGGCUUUAUCCUUAGUCCUUGUUUAACAAAAUCCAAAUUUUACUUUUUGUGCGUUUCAGUUUCCCUCUUUUAUCAGUUUCAAACGCAAGUACAGUUAGGGAGUGGUCAUUAUUUAUGGGGGAAUUAAGGGGAAUGGGGAAACUGAAGGCAAACUUUUUGUGCCUCCCCCCUCAUGAAAGUAGAAACUUUUCUGACCCCCCCCCCAGUGUGGAUUGAAAAAUUAACAGCAAUGAAACAGGUGUGUGUUGCAGGUAAA